AUGACGCUUCGCAGCAGCAAGGCGAAGAAGUCGCCCGCCAAGACGGCGAAGCAGCGCAAGCCCGGCAUCACGACCAAGAGCAAGCCCAAGCCCACGCAGCACAUUCUGUGGCGCGGCAAGCAAAUCACCGAGUUCGAAUCGCGGGUGUACGAGCUCAUUUCAACGAUCCCGGCAGGAAAAGUGAGCACCUACGGUGGUGUGGCGGAGGCACUCCACUCUGGCCCACGAUGUGUUGGCCAGGCCCUACGCAAAAACCCAUUUGCGCCUGAAGUGCCGUGUCACCGAGUUGUUGCGGCUUCGCUGGACAUCGGCGGGUUUCAAGGCGCUACUGGAGAAGAAUCGCCUUGCAUCCAGAAGAAGCGGACGUUAUUAGCAAAGGAGGGCGUCCGCUUCACUAAGGAGCACAAGAUCGAUGCUUCCUGUGUCCAUGAGUUCAAGUAA